AUGAACUGCAACCGUGGUUUCAACCAGACCCCCUCGGGGUCCCUCCCUAGCGGUGCAGGAGGUAGCAGGGGCCGGCCAGGGAGCUGCUACCCUCGGCCUCCCAGUGUGCAUGGAGGGGCUGGGGGCGUGCGCAUCUCCCUCUCCUACGCCCAGCCAAGCUGCCCGCGCCCUGGAGGGUCGUGGGGGUCAGGAAAAGGUGGGUCCCUUCUAGGUGGAAAUGGCAAGGAGACCAUGCAGAACCUCAAUGACCGUCUGGCCUCCUACCUGGACAAGGUGCGAGCCCUGGAGGAGGCCAACAUGAAGCUGGAGAGUCGCAUCCUAAACUGGCACCAGCAGAGAGAGAGUGACAGUAAACAAGAUUACUCCCAGUACGAGGAAAACAUCAGCCGCCUACAGGAGCAGAUAGUGGAUGGCAAGCAGACCAACGCGCAUAUUAUCCUUCUCAUUGACAAUGCCAGGAUGGCAGUUGAUGACUUCAGCCUCAAGUAUGAAAAUGAACAUUCCUUCAAGAAAGACCUGGAAAUUGAAGUUGAGGCUCUCCGAAAAAACUUGGAUGAUCUGACCAUUGUCACAACUGACCUGGAACAGGAGGUUGAGGGAAUGAGGAAAGAGCUCAUCCUCAUGAAGAAGCGUCAUGAGCAGGAAAUGGAGGAACAGCAGGUGCCAAAUGACUUCAAGGUCAAUGUGAAGAUAGAUACAACCCCAGGGGAAGAUCUAAUUAAAGUCCUGGAUGAUAUGAGACAUGAAUACGAGCUUAUAAUAAAGAAAAAGCACCAAGAGUUAGAUGCUUGGUACAAGGAGCAGUCAGCAGCCUUGGCCCAGGAGGUAACAAGUCCAACUACUGUGCCGAGCAACCAAAAUGACAUCCAUGAGCUGAAACGCACUUUCCAGGCCCUAGAGAUUGACCUGCAGGCACAAUAUAACAGGAAAUCUGCCUUGGAGAGCAUGUUGGCAGAGACCCAGUCUCGAUACUCGUGUCAGCUCCAGGACAUGCAACGCAUCAUCUCCCACUAUGAGGAGGAAUUGCGGCAGCUCCGCCAUGACCUGGAGAGACAGAACAAUGAGUACAAGAUCCUCCUGGGCAUCAAAACCCACCUAGAGCAAGAAAUUGCUACCUACCGCCAGCUCCUGGAGGGAGAAGGAGACGGGACAAUGGAGAAAUCCAAGUCAAGCAUGAAAGCCCCAACGGUCAAGGCCAUCAUGCAGGAAAGCGUCAAUGGAAGAAUAAUUCUUUCCCAAGUGAAUGAGAUCCAAAAGCACUCCUAAGCCAGCAAAACUCUCAGCCUUUGAAAGUAAAAACUUUU